AUGGAAGUCAUCAAUGAAUACAGAGCCCAGUGUACCACUCGAACACAGGCUAUCCGAGAGAUCUCCGGGAUACUCCUCGAGAGCGACCUCUUUAACCCGCAGAAUGACUCCUCUCUCGAUGAGAAUUUCAACUCCUACCUCCAACUCCUCAAUGCACAGGACCCAUCCAGAGAUCCCGGUGCUAAAGUGGGGAAGGAAGGAAGGCAAAAGCAGCAACAAGCCCCAGACUUGCUGGAACAAGAGGAGGAAGAUGCUCACCCUCUUGGAACACCUUGGGCUGGGAGUGAGAAUGAUGACCGAGAGCCUGAACCCAAGUGGUGA